AGGAGGCGCCAUACGCUUCCUCAACUACUCUUGUUCAGGAAGUCGGGUCGAGCGUGUAGCAGGUCUUUUGCCGUAAACAGUAACUCGGAUUAAUCUCUAUUAUCCAUUUUUAUCUUAGUAUGUACUGAUCUCGUCAGAGAUGAAAUAACGUAUGAGCAAAUUCAUCAGUUUAUCGCGAUUCACAGAGCAGCGGGAAUAUAACUGAAUAUCUACGCAGAAGAAAACAAAUGUCGUCGUGGUCGAAGAAUGAUGGGGGCAGACGACCACCACCAACACAUAGUGGAGGAAGUGUCUCAAAAUCUCCCAGAUCUUUUCGAAGAACACCAUAUCCUAUGAGGGAGGAUAGAAAAGAUGAUCAUCCAGAAUCUGAGAGCUUUGAAAGCUUAGGUGAAGGGAUUGACUACUCUGGCACUGAAGACUAUGAGCAUUCACCACAUCAGUCAACUGCUGUUUCACCUGAAGAAUAUGAGGCAUCAGUUCAGCGCAGUGCCAUAUACGAGAGGUUCUUCCAGCAGCUACAUGGAGAUGGUGCUAGACAGCCUGCAGACUGUGUAGUCCUGUCGGUGAACAACCAGAAUGUGGAUUACCCCAAAUCGAUAGGCCAGUGUUUGCAGGAACGUGGCCUCUCGGUGGAAAUGCUUUACCUGCAGGUGGAAUCAGGCCUGACGCGGGCCCUCCAAGAUGUCCGCUCCGACGGUUCCCCCUUAUGUAUUCUCGUCGAGCAGACUAAUGUAACACUCUCCUCGUGCACAGUAAUCAUAUUUUCAGAGUCCCUCAAAAUUCAUCGAAAUAUGCCCAAAGAACAGGCCAUGGAGUUUGUGUUGGUGGAGUUCAGGCGCUUGAGUGGUUCACGGCGGGUGCUGGACCCCACAGAGGCUGCGGCACGGGCGGCUGAGCUAACGGAGGACUACCUGGAGCGCAGCAAGCUGGAGCGCCACACUGUUCCCUCUGCCACCCGCCACCUGCUCUUUCUCCUGGCUGAAGGUUUGCACCUGUACCCAGAGGAGCUCAACACACUAGCGGAGUAUCUUCAAAACCGCCAAGACCAUCUGCAAGUAUCUUCCGCAGAGGUGGGCAGUGAUGUUGCUCCUGUAAUAAACAGCCUGCCUCCAGGGUUAGGAAAGCCCCCACCACUUCUGCCUGCUGGAUCUGGACCACCACCAAGAGAGCAGGCAAACCCACCCUCAGGGUCAGGAGGUACACCCCUAGGCCAUCACAUGGGAUUGCAAGGCUCGUAUCCUAAGACGAAACCACCUCCUUUGCUUUCAGUGCAAAAUCUAAAGCCACCUUCCCAUAGAUCAACCGGCCCCCAUAGUCUUUUACCCUCUCGGGCCUCUUUAGUCUCACACGGUUCUUCAUUUAGUCCCCCAUCUAGAGGGCCAGCAGCCCCUCAUAGUCUUGACAAGCCACACCCUCUGCUUGGCCCAGCACCUACACAUGGGCCAACGUCCACCCGUGCCCCUCUUCUUGAUACGCCUCUUGGUUUCCCGUCCUCUAGAGGACUAUUGCAGCAUCCGGGGUCUCAUUCAUCGCGAGGACCACCAUUGAUUUGUGGACCCCCACCGCAGAAUGGACCCCGGGGUCCUAGAGCACCACCACCUUCACUCAGGAGCCUUCAUAUGGGCGCCCCAACAGGUCCACGGCCGCCACGACGCCUGCUCCCUUGAUUCUCUCAGGACACCUGAUUAAAUCAUAGGCCAAUAUUGCCACGUGGGACAGUUGUUACAUUUUGAACAUAGGCAGUUUUAUGUUAAGGAAUUUGCCUUCUGUGUUUUCUUUCAGGAUCCCACGAGAUGUUUAAAGAUGUACUGGUAUGGAAAAAACCACAGUGUUGUUCUCUUUAUUUCCACAGGUGUAAGCUAAUUUUUAGAAUAAAUAUGAAAAAUUUCAGUGACAUAAAUGUGUAAGAGAUGUCUUUAAAUAUCACUAUUCCCCGUACAGUGAUUGAAAAUAUUUCAAAUACAAUUUUUGGUGU